GCGGUAUGACACCAAAGAUAGUCGUUGUCGGUUCGUGCAUGAUUGACUUUACCUGUUUCUCUCCACGGUUACCGAAACCUGGCGAGACGAUAAUCGGGACUAGAUUUGAAAAAAAAUACGGUGGUAAAGGCGCCAAUCAAUGUGUAACAGCUGCUAAACUUGGUGGAUCUACAGCACUUAUUGCUUCAUUAGGUUCCGAUACGUAUGCUCAAGAAUAUUUAGAGAUUUUAAGGAAGGAAAAUGUAGACGCAUCUCGCGUGAAGAUACAAAGUGAUAAGCAGAGCGGUGUUGCUCACAUUACCGUCGCUGAAAAUGGUGAGAACAGCAUCGUAAUCGUGUUAGGUGCAAACGAAUCGUUGACUCCGGAACUUCUGGAUUCCACCGUCGACGUGAUCCAAAGCGCGAGCGUUUUAUUAUGCCAGUUCGAGGUGCCGCUGGAAGCCACGCUGCAUGCGUUGAAGUUACACCGGGGCCACGGACUUUCUAUUGUCAACGGAGCACCCGCACUGGAAAACCCUGAUCCGGAAAUCUUUAGAUUAUGUGACAUUUUCUGCGUCAAUGAGACGGAGGCGGAAAUUAUGAUAGGUAUUCAACCUGUGAACCUGUCGAAUAUACAGCAAGUAGCGGACAAGUUUCUAGCUAAGGGAUGCAACGCGAUUAUCAUUACUCUCGGACCUCUCGGAGCUGCAUACGCGUCGAAGAUGAACAGAAACAUCAUUCGAAUUCCCACUACUGAGGUUCAGCCUGUAGAUACUACCGGUGCCGGGGAUGCAUUUUUGGGCGCGCUCGCAUAUUUCAAGGCGUAUCAUCCGCAGCUGUCGAUGGACGAAUGCAUCAGGAGAGCUUGCAUGGUCGCCACGUACUCUGUUCUUAAAUUCGGAACGCACGCGAGCUUCCCAAAGAGAAACGAUUUGCCGGCUGAGUUAUUUAUAUAAACAAAA